AGAUCAUCUCCGACUGUUCGACUGGCUUGAAGUAAAAAAAGCUAAAGAAAUCUUUCAAAGUUUUAAUAAGAAGAAGUGAAAACUUUGUGAAAUUUAAGUGCAUUUUCUUUCUUGCUGAACUUUGCUGGAAAAAAAUAUUUAACGAAAAUGGUUUACGAUACCGAUUACUAUACAAGCCGUCGUCCUGCUUAUUCACGACCAACAAUUUCAUCUUACACUGUUACGAGACGAGAAGUGCCUUGGGAAAAGGUUCCAUUUGUUGCCCGUCCCAGUUUGAUUGCGGACCCUGUAACGGCUUUUGGAAAGCGUAGACCAUUAAAUCCUAAUUCUGACAUGAGACAUGAAGGAUCGAUCGUUGACAAAUUGAAGAAAGAAAUCAGAGCGAAACCCGAAUCACAAUUGCGACCUUUAGAACCAUACAUGUCACCUCGCGACCAUACAAGAGAAAAAAGUGGUUUAUCCAAUCCUCGUGUAUACUCGAGUUUGAAUGAGACACCGUCAACACGUCAAUCUUCUACAUCUUACUCUUACUCGUCAACAACCGAGAACUCUUCAUCAUCAAGAGAUGGAUCGAGACCUACACGAUCAAAUUAUUCAUCAACAACUGAACGUCGCAGCACUGGGGGACCAGGCGGUUAUUCGUAUGAAAGCUCAACAUCAACGGGAAGCGGUCCAGGAGGUUACUCAUACAGUUCAAGUCGUUCAGGCCCUUAUGGUACUCGCUAUUCCUCAUUCAGACCUUAUUUCGACCCUAUUUUCGAUGACAGCUACACGACUACUUAUAAAUACUAUUCUCCAAUUCGUGUGACACCAACUUAUUCUCGAGUUGGUAGCUAUAUAACUCGUCCAUCAUUUAGAUUCAGUUAUGAUGCUGAUUAUCCAGAUGUCUCAUAUUUUGGUUACAAUAGAGUCAUUCCAAUUCCAAUGACAAGAAUCGCAACCACAUCAUCAAAUGUCUAUCGGGAACGAUUGUCACCAAUAAGAAUUAUUACACCUUCUGCUCGAAUCUUCCGUCGAGAUGUUGCAUCACCAGUUCGUCUCGUAACUAGUCCCGCACAUAUUGUCAAUAUUCGAGUGAGACCAUCUGUAUUGAGUCGUGAAUUUGAUCGCAUCGAACGUAAAUAUCGCUCAAGUCCAGUCGGUGUUAACGAUACGGAGGAAUAUCUCAACUCUCCCUACACUAUGAACUUCAACGAUGAAACCCGUGAAAUUCGCGCAUCAACACGAAGACUGUUGAAAGAGGUUCAUGAACCUGUUAGACGCUCACAAAGUCUUCCACCUCGUUAUGCGCGUGGUUCAAGUGUUCAACCAGCUUAUAGCAGAUACGACCCUGCUUUGAUAGACAAAUACGGAACUGGUCUCGACAAUGAGUUCUAUGUCAACAAGAAUAUUUUGAGACCGACUAGAAAAGUCAGAGAUCAAAUUGAAAUCUUGUCAAACAUCAAAUACCGGGAACCACCAAGACGUUACUCUGGAAUAAGUCACUUGGCCUCAACAAGAAUUGUAGGUGAUAAGCCCUACUAUACGCGUAAUUCAUUGAUGCGUGAAUUUGAAUUGUCCGAUUAUAGCAAUGAAGAGGUUCGCAAUCAUAUAAAUCUACUUUCUUUCUAUGCAAAGAAUCGUGAUCUUGUCGCUGCUGAUGAUUCAGAUGAUGCAACACAAUUGGGUCUCGACCCAGCCCGGCCUUCGCGCAAGUUCAACGAACAAAAACUUAUUGAAGACCCAGCUGUCGUUCGUAAGGAAAUCGAAAAUUUGAAAGCUUCAAAUCGUCUUGAGAAAGUAACGGAAGCUGAUGAGGAUAUGGAAAAGAUUCGUCAGAAACGUUUAGAAGAAAGACGAUUGAGAGAAGAACAAGCUUUAAUGGAAGAAGCUAUAAAACAGAAGGAACAAGCGAAGAAAGAAGCAGCUGAACGUGAAGCAGAAGCUCAAAGAAAAGAACAACUUGCUGUCCAAGCAGCUGCUGAGAAACAAGCUGAAAAUGAACGAAAAGCUCAAGAGGAAGCUCGUUUAGCUGAAGAAGAACGUUUAGCAGAAGAAGCUCGUUUAGCUGAAGAAGCCAAAAUUGCAGAAGCAGCUCGCCUUGCAGAAGAAAAAGCCGCAAAAAAAGCUGAGGCUGCAAGAUUAGCAGAAGAAAAACGAAUUGCAGCAGAAGAAGCAGCAAAGAAAGAAGCUGAAGAGAAAAGAAUCGCUGAAGAAGAAGCUGCCAGAAAAGCUGAAGAACUUCGAUUAGAAGAAGAAGCUCGUUUGGCCGCUGAAAAAUUGGCUGCAGAAGAAGCUGCUAGAAAAAUUGAAGAAGAGAAGCAAGCAGAACUUGAGAAAAUUAAAGCAGAAGAAAUAAGAUUAGCUGAGUUAGAAUCUGCUGCGACAGAAGAAGAAGAAAUCGAAUUAGCGAGACAAGCGAAUGAAUUAGCACAAAUAGCUCGUCAACAAACUGAAGAUUUACAAAAUGCAGAAGGAGCUCCAAAGGUGGAAGAGGCACCUGUAGAAGAAGCCCCUGUAGUUGAAGUAACGGAAGAAGCAGAAGAGUCAGCACCUCAACAAAUUGAGGAAGCUUCAACAAUUCCCGAUGAACCAGCAGUGGAAGUAUCUGAGCCAGUUGAAACCGUUGACGAAACGCCUUUAGAAAUAUCCGAAACACCAGUCAUUAUCGAAGAACCAGUAGAUGUUGAAAACGAAAGCGUCCCAGAAGAGUCAGCAGUAGCCAGUGAAGAAACGGUUCCAGAAUCUGCUGCUGAAGAAUAAAUAAAUAAUAAAACAUCAUUAAAUUAUUCUAAUUUAUUUAAAAGUCAUACAUAAAUGACAAUCAUUAAAGUUUCAUAUUAAGUUGUUACAUUUUAUUAUCUAAGAAAGCAGCAACGUCAUUUUCAAAGCUGUCGCAUUUUUGUUGCGUAAAAAUCAUCAACUUUUCAAAAUAAUCUUCAUAAUUUUUAUCAUUCAACCUGGAAAAUAAAGAAAAUAAAUUUUUGGAACGAAUGCAUGCAUCUGUUCAUCAUUAAAAUAAAUAAAAAAUUUUGUUUUUCUUUUCAAAAAAUAAAAGAAUUAAAUAAUUAAAUUUUUCGGCAAAAGACUAGUCAGUGUCAAUCAGCCUCGAGACUCUGAAUGACAAUUUGCUUUCUUCUCCGAAUCCUUUUAAUUCUUAUCUCUUUAUGCAAGUCUUUAUGAGAUUCAUUCGCACUACCUCUCAACAAUGCAAUCUUAGUCAAUCUUUGCAGAAUGAUUGUAUGCGCACUCUUCAAGUGCCUAUGAACGUUAAUUCAUCAAUCUGUUGGGGAUUUAUGUAGUUAUUUUCAAGUUUCACUUCUACGAGCGUUCCUUAACUUUAUGUAAUCUUCCAAUCUGUUGAUGAAAGCAGUUGUAGUUUCACCAAGUGGUUCAAUCUUUCUGUUUCUGAAUAAUUUUUAGAUGAGAUCAUUGACUCAUAGCGCUAUAGGGCCCAUCGAACCUUGUUCAUACGGGCAAUGCAUUUUUGGGACCAUAUGCGAAGUAUAUAAUUUGUUUCCAAAUCAUUUGCCACUGCAACUGACUAGUCGGUGUCAAUCAG